UAAUCUUAUAAGUUUGCACAAUGGACUCCCUCAUUAUCGACACAGAUAAGCGUUGUUCACUAUAAUUCCCCGAUUUCCGGCCGCUAUAAAGGCGGUGCACUGAGAGGGACAAGUCACAUUUGUCAAGCAUAUCCCAAGCAACAUGGCCGAUUUCAACGCAAUCCUCGAGAAGACCAAGGCCUUCAGCAAGAAGCCCCCAACGGAGGUGUACCUGGAGUUCUACGGUCUGUACAAGCAGAUCCACGAGGGCGACAUCACCAUCGAGAAGCCCGCCGAUGCCGAGGGAGCUGCCAAGUACGAUGCCUGGCUGAGCCGCAAGGGAGUGUCCGUCGAUGACGCCAAGGCUGCCUACAUCGCCCUGUACGAGAAGUACAACCCCAUCUACGGAUAAGCUAUCGGUAACGACUCUGUGCCAUACCCUAAUAAAUCUUGACCACCUGUGAACUAAAUAAUUGUCUUUUAAAA